AUGGCGGAGCGCGAGCGGCAGGAGCGGCUGCGGGAGGCGGCGGCGCUUGGGGACGCGGAGGAAGUGCGGCGGCUCGUGGAGCUGGGGGUCGGCCUCAACUCCCAGAACGAAGUCAACGGAUGGACCUGCUUGCACUGGGCCUGCAAGCGGAACCACGCGGCGGUUGUGGCUUAUCUGCUGCAUGCUGGGGCUGACAAGGACAUCCUGACGAAGAAAGGGGAGAGGCCAGCCCAGUUAACAUCCAAGAGAGAGAUCAGGAAGAUGUUGGGAGAAGAGGAUGAACUCACAGACUUAAAGCAAGAUUCAGAUCUGCCAAUCAUCCCCAAUUACCUGGCUAACCCACCUUUCCCAUAUGUUUACAACACCUCAAGUACCAGCAUCCCAGAUCCUACUCUGAAUGGGAAUCUCUCACACUUGGAACCACAAGACACCAACUCUUCAUCUGUACCUGACUCGCACACCUACAAACCAGCACAAGUACUGUUACAGCAGGGGAAUGUUGCUCCUGAGGCACCUCCCAAUGGGGAAGUCCCACCCCUGCCUCGAGGGUCUGCUGGACCGUCACACCCAAAUCCUGUCCUCCAGAGAGCUCCUGCUUACCAGGGUUCAGUGCCUUGGGGCAGAAGCCCCUCACCAGCAGGAUCCAACCAGUCCCUACCCCAGCAAGGGAAGAGCUCCUGCAUGGGGCCUAUGCCAGCCUUUCAGCCCAUUUUCUUCACAGGAGCUUUUCCACUCAACGUGCAAGAAUUGGUGCUUAAAGUGAGAAUACAAACCCCUAAUCUUAGAGAAAAUGACUUCAUUGAAAUUGAACUGAACAGACAAGAACUGACCUACAAGGAGCUGCUCCAAGUGAGUUGCCGUGAGCUGGGUGUGAACCCUGAGCACGUUCAGAAGAUCAGAAAAUUACCAAAUACAAUGUUAAGAAAGGACAAGGAUGUUGCAAGGCUACAGGAUUUCCAAGAACUGGAGCUUGUUCUAACAAGUUCAGAGCCUGAGCAGCCUGUGCAGUGUCCAUGCAGCUGCUGGGGCAGUCCUGGGCUGAGUCCCUGUGCCUGGAAUUGGGGACCAAGCACAGCCUCCACCUGUCCUGGAGACUGCCGCUGGUAAGGGACAGCAGCUGCCUAUGUCACCGCCAAUCCAGGGGGAACUGUCUCCAAAGCGCCCUGGGCUUUCUGCUCUCAGCUCGUGAAAGCGCUUGGAGCACAGGGACUAAGCACACCAGAGGGAGCUCCCAACCUACCAUCAGGAACCAGGCUGGGGCUCAGCUGCCAGCACAGAUCCCUGCUAACACUGAAUUCUCCUUGUGUCCAGUCAUCACACUGAAGCUCAGUUUCCCCAGGUGAAUAUAGGAGGUUUUGUCACAGCGAAAAAGCCUCUUCUACAAAAUGCCAGAGGUCAAGCAUAGUCCCGGUCAUUGGCAGUAUCUGUUUUUAUACCAGAUUGCUGGUGGAAUAUUAAGUUCUCUGUGAUGGAAUAAAAUUGUCAUUCCCUGUGAUCGGGACACGCAAAGCAAUCACACGGAGACGAGAGAUUUCGCAGGGGAGAGUUGUUCCUCCGAGAGAGCCCAAGGCUGAGCCAAGGCCGAGAGCCCCUCUGCCUGUUUUUUUCUUACUUUUUAUACAUUUAUGGGACUGGUUGUGGAUUGGCUUUUGGAGUUAUCACCUCCCAGCUGAAUGCCAGACCAACUGUCAGUUACAAUUGUUUUCAGGUUAGAAAUUGCAAACAAAGGACAGAGAAUGAAAAACAAAGGAUUUGUUUAUGUUACAUGUGUGAGAAAAGGUAGAAACUGCUCCUAAUAUUGUACAGUAGCUAAAAAGUCUGACUCCAUCUUAUGAACAAUCAAAAGGCUUUUAAAAACUCAGAAAAACCAGGGUGACAAUUCCCCAUGUCAUCCUGGCUGCUGCUUUCUCCUCAGCAGAGGAUGGUUCAGGCAUUGGCUGAAUCCAGGAGGAUUCAGGGUUAACCAGUAAGAGCCCCUAGAGAAAAGCUCUGCAGCUGGGACAGUAACAUUGCACAGAUGCUGGGUGCAUUCCCAGGAAUAUUUUUAUACCUUGUGCAGUUUAUACCAGGAAGAUAAUAUUAACACUCCCCAAAUCCCAUCAGUGUAUAACCAAUACAUUCUGUGUGUGAUAAAUAAUUCAUUACAUUGUGCUCUGCUACAUGAAAUGUUAAUGUCUAAUAAAUGUCUAAUAAAUGCUUGGCUGCAAA